ACGCACGACCCACAACCACCAGCGAGAAUGGCCUCCUACAACUCACGCUCGAUACGGCUUCCGUCCGAUCUCUUCGCGCUUGCCGUGCACCCUACAGCACCCCUGAUCACUGCCGCGCUUUGCUCAGGCCAUGUCUACACCUACACCUGGCCCAGCACCCCCGAAGAGAAAGAUGAAGACGAGGACGACGAUGUGGUCACCACUCCCGCCGCUUCAGGAGAUCCCUUCACAAUCGCCUGGAAAACACGCCGUCACAAAGGCUCUUGUCGUGCCGCCGUUUACAGCUCCGACGGCAGCGUCCUCUACACCGACGGCAUCGACGGUCUGAUCAAAGCCGCAGACUCCUCGACGGGGCGCGUAAUCUCCAAAUCACUUCUCCCCAGCGCAUCUGACGCACCCACCACGCUUCUCCCGUUGUCACCAGUCCACCUCCUCGCCGGCACAGACGAUGGAAACAUCCACUUGUACGACCUGCGCACGCCCUCGACACUGACCUCCGCCGGCCCCGCCGCGUCCUGGAAGCACGUACACGAGGAUUACAUUUCCUCUCUCCUCGCCCUCCCCGUAACCGCCGCAUCAACCACCGGCUUCCCACGCCAAUUCGCCGCCACAGGCGACACCAGUCUGUCCCACCUCGAUGUGCGGAAGCCCGGGAAGGUCCUUGCCCGCUCCGAGCCGCAAGAAGAUGAGAUCCUCUGCACGGCGUUCGUCGCCAACGCGCCCAGCAAGAACACGGGCGGCUCCGAAAAGCUGUUGACCGGUACUGCGGCCGGCGUGGUGACGACGUGGAACAAGGGAUUCUGGGAGGACCAUCAGGAACGGAUUCCGCUGAGUCGGUCGACCGGGGAUAGUAUCGACUCCGUACUUGCGCUGGGCGGUGAUUUUGAGGUGGUUGGCGCCGGCUGGGGAACUUUCUUUGCGGCCGGGAGUGGCGACGGGAAGGUGCGCAUUGUGAAGAUGGGUGGGAAUAAGGUUGUUGCUACGAUGGCGCAUUCAGUUAGUGCCGAUGAGGCGCGGAGAGCAGCGAAUGCGAGGGUUAAGAGGGGCGACUAUGACGAGGGCCUCGAGGAGGGGGUUAGUGCACUCGGCAUUGAUUGUGAGGGACGCAUUGUUAGUGGUGGCGGGCAGGUUGUGAAGGUGUGGAGUCCUUCCGAGGAGCAGGAGGCGGAGGCUGAGGGGAGGAAGAGGCGAAACGACGAGGAGGAUAGUGAUGAAGCGAGUGAUAGUGAUGCGGCAGAUAGUGAGGAUAGUGACGAUGAGAAGGAGAAGAAGAAGAGGAAGAAGAAGAAGCGGAAGGGUGGAAAGGGUAAGGCGAAGAGCGCGGGUGUGAGGAAUGUCAACAGCUUUUCAGGGCUGGAUUAGGUGUACGGUACGUUCAGAACAUGUCAAAUUCCGGC